ACACACUCACUACAGACAGAGUGAAGUGCGCUCCUACCCUCCUUUCCUUUCUUAGCUUCUCUCUCUCUCUCUCUCCGAGCUGCGUGUCUGCGCUGUGUUUCUCUCAGUGGAAACCAACCCGACUUUAUUCUAUUAUUGAACUUCACUUCUUUCCUUAUUUUUUUUCCUUUCUAUUUUCUUUCUCUUCUUUUCCUGAUUUGAGUGCAGGAUUUAAUAAGCGAAUGAAGCAGCCAUUAUUGCUGUCUUCCUGGGUUUUCUGGUCUCGCAACAAACAUGGCCUUCUCUUCUUGCCUUUGCCAAUCUCCACUCUCACCCAAGAUUGACUGCGGCAAGAAGAUUGUCAGGCCUUGGAGUAGUGAUGGAAGGAAACAAAGGUUCACUUUUUCACUCGGAAGUAAUAGCACAGAACUUGUUGGUCAACAGCUUGUGACAGUGGGAGCUCACUUACACAAGCACUGGAGUUUUGUGGGAGGUUCAAGAGUUACUGUGAGACCAGAACUUGAGAGAUCCAUUCCACUUCGAAAAAGCUCAGGAGUAUAUGCAUCAUGGUUGUCAACUUCUCAAAUUGCUAGCACUGCUUUUACUUUGGGAACAACUGCAGUUCUCCCAUUUUACACCCUCAUGGUUCUGGCACCUAAAGCUGAACUAACGAAAAUUUCUAUGGAAAGUAGUAUACCGUAUAUUGUCCUUGGCAUUCUCUAUGCUUAUCUACUGUACCUCUCUUGGACUCCUGAAACACUUCAGUUGAUUUUCGCAAGUAAAUACUGGCUUCCUGAGCUGCCUGGUAUGGUAAGGAUGUUUUCCAACGAGAUGACAUUAGCUUCUGCUUGGAUUCACUUGUUGGCUGUUGAUCUCUUUGCUGCAAGGCAGGUUUUUCGCGAUGGACAGGAAAACGAAAUUGAGACCCGGCAUUCAGUUUCUCUUUGCCUCUUUUUCUGCCCCAUUGGAAUUGUUACUCAUGUCAUUACCAAAGCACUGACUAGAAGUGCUGGAAGUUCCAGCACACGUAAUAUGCAUUGACAACUAAAAUUCUUCCUGAACAAUCAGGAUUUAUUGGGAAGUUGAAUAAGAAAACUUUGAAUUUGAAUGAAGGUUCUUAUGUUGUCAGCAA